AUGGAACAACAUACCAUCGACAUUGUCGAAAGAGAACAUCAGCAAGAAAAAUGGAUUGAGGUAACAGAUCAUAUACGGCUUCAAAUGAAGUCAAACACACCUAGAGCUAAUGAGCCUUUGCCCGAUGAACCUUGUAUCUUCAGAGUGCAUGAAGGACUGUGUCAUGUAAAUGAAAAGGCAUACACACCUAUGCUAGUUUCUAUAGGGCCUUACCACCACGGUCACCCUAAACUACUUCCUAUGGAAAAACAUAAAGAGCAUUAUUUUGAACUGCUUCUUCAACGUAACAAUCAGAGAAAUGAGGAGUACUUAGAUUCCAUGAAGAAGUUAGAAGAAAGAGCUCGCAAGUAUUAUGCGAACCCCACUGACCACCUCAACAGUGGCGAGUUUGUGAAAAUGAUGUUAAAUGAUGCUUGCUUUGUUAUUGAGUUUCUUGUUGGUAUUCAUGAGUAUUUUCUUGUCAAGCAUCAACAUCAACUACGACAAGAAGGACAACAAUUAUGUCAUGUGAGUGAUAACACUAUUGUCAAAGUAUCAUGGAUGAGAAUGCACAUUUGUCAAGACUUGAUACUGCUUGAAAACCAACUUCCAUUCUUUGUUCUAUCCGAAUUUUAUAGCAUGAGUUGCAGGAGGACUGAAAAUCCAAACCAGAAACAUCCCACCCUCAUUGAGCUUGCUAAGUAUCCUAUCACUUGUAUGCUACCAAGAAGAGACAAAAUCCAAUUUGAAAAUCGACAUUUCAAUGAAAGCAAGCAUUUUCUUGACUUGGUACAAAUGUUUGUCAUCAUCCUUGUCUCACAAUCAAUGCAGAGCACUCCUCCACCAGAGCUUGAGGAGGCUGGUGUCACGUUCGAGGAGCGUAAGGAGGUCAGCAUGUUCGAUAUAGUCUUCGAACAUGGUCAUUUUAAAAUACCAAAGUUUGAGGUUUGUGAUUCGACAGAAAUAUUCUUCCGUAACAUCAUUGCCUACGAGCAACAUUCCUCAGAUGACAAACCCAAAUAUUUCACCGAUUAUACAUUCUUCAUGGAUCUACUUAUCAAAUCCAAAGAAGAUGUGAACAAACUUCGUCGCAAUAAAGUUAUUGACAACAUGCUUGGUGAUGACGAGGCAGCACUUAUGUUCAAAAACUUGGGUAAAGGAAAAAUCAUUUUGCAGCAUUUCUGUUACGCUAAACUAUGCAGCAAAGUAAAUGCUCAUUGCGAGACAUGGUGGUACAGAGGAGUAGCGUCAUUGAAGCCUGAUUACUUCAAAAAUAUGUGGGUUACUGUUGCCACUUUUGCAGUCGCUUUUCUCCUCCUCCUCACUCUCACACAGACUGUCAUUUCUGUAAUUACUAUGCUUGCUUCGUUGUCCCCACGUUGA